AUGACGGAGGAAAAAUCUCCGCGCUUGAUGCUCUGGCCGUCACGUGGCAAUUUAGACGCGAACAGCGCCAGCCGAAAGGCCAAGCCUCACGACCUCAAACCCCUCUUGUACAUCGUCCACGACGACCAAGUCCCUAGUUCAUGUGUUAUCGCCACAAAUAUGUCGUCUAAUGCGUCCAACUUCUCAGCUGCGCUUGCAACAUGGCAGGAAAUCAAUCUGAGCGAGUUGCAGAAGAAGCUCGAUGGCCAAGGUGUUGAGAUUGUCGAGAAUCAAAAGGAAGGACUGCUUGGUCGUAAAGCUCUGGCAGAUAAGACCAAAGGCAUAAAGUUGCCGGACGACGAGAAACUGAAUGCGUUCCGUGGACUUUUGAAGGCAUACCAGGCUGAAAUUGACAAUAUCACGAAACGAUGCAAGACCUCCGACAAUGCCUUCCUCAAUGUCUACAAGAUUCUCGCAGAAGCGCCGGACCCAUACCCUCUACUCGAAGCUGCCGUCGACCAAGCAGUGAAGGUUACCGAAGCCGUCGAGCAAGAAGCCGAAUUGAAACGGUUGCGAGAGGAGAAUGCGGAUAUGAAGAAACGAAUCUCGGAAUUCAGUUCAUUAGAGUCCAACAAGAAGAAGCUGGAACUCAAGGUUGAGCAGAUGGAGCAGAAGAUGGACGACCUCGUUCAGGACAAAGUCGCUCAGAAGGUCAACGAGUUGAACGCUACCUACGACGAACGGAUACGAAACUUUGAAGAGCGGGAACAGGAUCUCCAGAAGCAACUCUCAUUGGCCAAGACUCAGCUACGAGACCUGCGGGCCUCCAACGAAACUAACCAGGCCAAGUUAUUUGACCAGACGCAACGGCAAGACCAAGAGAUCUUCUCCAAACUCGCCGAAGUGGACAUGAUCAUCGCCGACUUGGACAGGGCUAAUACUCGUAUCGCUACUGUGGAACGUCGCAACGAAAUCCUUCGUGCCGAGAUCGAGACGUUACGUAGCGGAAACGAAACAUCCGACAAGGUCAAGACGCUGGAAACUCAGAUCUCAGAACUGGAGGCGGAGAGUGAACGCUUGUCGCGGUCGUUGGAAAACCAGAAAGCACUGACGUCAGAGGUUGAGCAGAAUGGUAUCAGGAAAGCGAAGGAGAUUACGGAUGAGUUGCAGAGAAAGGCGGCUGAAGUGGAAACCCUCAAGCAACGUCUGGCGAGGCUCUCUGACUACGACGAGAUCAAACGGGAAUUGGAGAUCAUCAAGUACGUCGAGUUUGCGGGUCUGGACGACGAAGAUGGUGAUCAGGAUGUACAUCUUCCUGAUGCCAAUGCCUCGAAAUCCGAGUCGCAGCACAAUAAAUCAUUGGAGGCUCUCCUGGCAAGCAAGAAUAAGCGUAUCCAAGAAGAGCUGACCAAGUUCCGCAUCCUUCACAACGAACUCCAGGAAUCACUCAAGAACGUGGAAAACAAGCUUGACUCUACUUCAGCCGAGUUAGCGAAACAGAAAGAGUUGAAUGAGAAGUUGGAGAAUGAUCUAUUGGCGAUCAACAACCCUGAUGAGAAGGCUAAUGGUUCGGCGAACAAGUCUGGGGAUGAUGAUGAUAUUCUGGCGAAUUUGGAUGUUGGCAAGAAGUCGGCGGACAAUUCAACGCGGUCGACACCCAUCCCAUUCGCUUCCUCAGCAGAUACUUCCAUCCUACCGAUCGUAACGAGCCAACGCGACCGAUUCAGGCAACGGAACGCCGAACUAGAAGAGGAACUGCGAAAGCAAUACCAAACCAUCUCGGAACUGCGGGCGGAAAUCAAGUCCCUGCAAGCCGACAACCUAAAAUUGUACGAGAAGGUUCGCUACAUGCAAAGUUAUCGGGAAGAAAGCGCUGGGAUGAGGCCCGUUUCUCAGCUGGAUCCUUUACCUGGUUCUUCGAGAGGUGGUGGAGAUAGCGGAUAUUCAUUGGAGGAUGGGAUGAGUAAGUACCAUUCGAGGUACGAAGAGAGUGUGAAUCCGUUUGAAGCGUUCCGUGGGCGGGAACAAACGAGAGCAUAUCAAAACCUCAACCCACUAGAACGAACGGUGCUGCUGUUGACGAGGCCGUUAGCGGGAAGUCGACGUGCUCGGACACUCUUCAUUUUCUAUGCUAUCUUCUUGCAUGUCAUGCUUAUAUACAAGACGUACACUUGCUCGCCGGUACCGUCAGCACACACGUAUGGGUCGUAG